AUGCCUAAAAUUGGUGAGAAGCGAGACCGAGAAGAAGAUCUCAGCUCCUCUGAAGAGGAAGAGCAAGAAUUAGGGUUUCAAGAUGCUUACGAACAAGACGGAUUUGUUGUUCCCGAUGACCAAGUUGAAGAAGAGCCAGAAAGCCCUGAAGGCUCCUCAAACGAAGGAAAAAUCAAAAAAAAGCCGAAAAAGGUCCGCUCCAGGCUUAAAAAGAAAGACAACGAAGACAUUGAGCUCAUUGAAAGCAACUUAGGAGUAUCCUCAGCGCCAAUUCACGCAAGGACUGCUGACGAGCUCGAGGACAAGCUUUUCAGCAAAAAAGCUUUUAAAAUUGAGCCAGAAGUAGAAGAAGAAGAGGAAGAAGAGCUGAGUGAGCCCUACAGAAGACAGAAAAUGAGCGAGGGAGAAAGCGAAAAUUCAGAAAGCUCAGAAGAAAGCAAUGCUCAAGAGCUAGAAGAAAGGCCUAGAAAAAAUUACAAUAUGGACCAAAUUCAUGUAGCAGCUAAUAUUUUUGGUGUCGAUCCUGAGCUUAUUCCUCAACUUUCUGAAACCCGCUCUGAAGUAUUUGAACCUGCAGAAUGCAAAGAAAGAUUCGCUACAAAAGAGGAUGAAAAUGUCAGGGACACAGACAUCCCUGAAAGGCUGCAAUAUAGGCUUGCCAGAAGAGAAGUCACUGAUGAGGCUGAGCUGAAUUUAGAAACUGAAUGGCUUUUACAAAAAUAUUUGGUGACGAAGCCUGGAAUUCCUGAAGACUCCUUGCGAUUGAAAAUUUCAUUAUUUAUAAAUUUCUUUCGCAUCGAGAAAUAUGAAGUCCCAUUCAUAGCAAAAUACAGAAUGCACAAACUUCACCCUGAAAUUGAAAAUAAAAGCGACUUAUGGAAUCUUUAUAACUGGGAUGGGGAAUGGGGAUUUAUUUAUUCAAAUAAGCAGCAUCUGAAUGAAAUUUUAAAUGAAGCCGCUUAUAACGCUGUAAAGCUAGAUGAAGGCGAAGAAAUCCCUAAAGGUAGCAAAAUUUUAUAUACAAUUACCAAGCCUGGAGAAAUUCCUGAGCAAGUAAAAUUUUUGCUGGAAUAUACUUCGCCAAAUGACUAUAGAAUUGAAAUAGAAGACUUAAAGAGAUUCAUCAACGUUUAUGUGUAUGAGUACAAUGAAAUUAUGAAUAAAAAUAAGCAGCUAAUUAUGGAUGCAAGAAAAAAUAGGCUGCCUCAGUUUAUAGAGAAAGCUAGCAUUACUCCUUUGCAGUUGGCAGAAAAUUUGCAUAAUAAAGAAAUCAUACACAAAUCGACUAUGAUCCACCUUACCCCUCAAGAUAUCGCUUUUGAUUUGCUAUGUGAUGCUUAUCCUGAAGAAAUAAAAGUAAUGGAAGGCUCCUCAUUUUUGCUGGCUAAAGAAAUUUCGAGUCUCCCUUGGGUUAGACAAGCCAUAUUUGAAGAAUAUAUUAAAGUCACCAAAGUCAUCACUUUUCCUACCCAAAAAGGAAACACUGUUAUUGAUAUUUUCCAUCAGCUUUAUCAUGUAAAACACUUAGAAAAAGGAAAAGCUAUUAAUGAAAUCAGCCCUGAACUGUGGGCUGACAUAUGAAAAGCUGAACAAGCUGGACUGAUUCAUGUUCAAUUCCGGCAGCCUUGAAAAUCAGCUGAUACUGAUGGCAUUAUUUCAUAUGCAAGUGCUUUUUAUUUAUCAGAAGCUGAAGAAAGCAAUGAUACAGAAAAACAAUGAAACGAUUUUCGCAUGCAAGUACUGCAAAAAGCUAUAAGCGAAAUAUAUGAUGGUUUCGAAAAAGACUUGAGGGUUGAGCUGACUAUAAAAUCAGAAGAAUUCAUCAUUAAACAAUGCCAAAAUGCAUAUUCUGAAAUUAUUAAUAGAGGGCCUUACAAGUCAGAUGAUAAUGACAGAUCAUUGCCAAAGGUAUUUGCAAUUACUACUGAUCCAAAUGUCGAAAUGUUUGGGCAAAGUUCUUUAGUUGUUUUGGAUUCUAAUGGAGAAGUAAUCGAAGCUCACAAUUUCAUGACACUUACCAUUAGAAAUUCUCCUGACUUCGACCGAGGCCGCUUUGAAGAGAAAAAAACUCGUCAAUUUUCUCUAUCAGAAAAUGAUAAAGCUAUCUAUGAAAGAGAAAAAAAGACUAUAGAAAGGCUAUUGCUCGAUCAUAACCCUCAUUUUAUCAUUAUAGGUGCAAACUGUCUCCACAGCACAAAAAUCAGAAAAAAUAUCAAUGGGUUUGCAAAUCGCUUAACAAGAGGCCAGUACAAAAAAAAUAACUUUGACUAUAAAAUCGACGAAAAAAAGCUUUUGCAGUCUCCUCCCCAAAUUUUCAUGUCUGAUAUUGCUGUAGCCAAGCUAUUCGCAUCCUCACAGAGAGGAAAAAGGAUGUUCCCAGACUAUGAUUAUUUUAUAAAGCAAGCUAUAUCUUUAGGCAGAUAUUUCCAAUUCCCUCUGAUUGAAACUUUAGGCUUAUGAAGCGAUGUUAACGAGCAAUUGACAACAUUGCUUAGCUUGCACCCACAUCAAAAAUUAAUCCACAGCAAGAGACUUGAACAAGCUUUAGAAAUAACCGCAACAGAUGUUGCUGCUGAUUAUGGAGCUGAUUUAAAUGAAAUGAUCCAGCAUCCUCAUUUAAGGUAUCCUCUACAGUUUAUACCUGGACUUGGACCAAUCAAGGCUCACUAUUUGAUAGACAAUAUUUAUAAAAAACUUCAUGGAAGAUUAACCAUGAGAGUCACACUCAUGACCAAAAAGAUUUUGUCACCCAAAGUCUAUGAAAACUGUGCAGGCUUUAUCUGCAUCCCUAUCAGUGAAAAUGAAACUGAUCCCCUAGACUCCACAAGAAUCCACCCAGAAUUUUACGAUUUAUCUAAAAAGGUCGCAGAGUCAGCUUUAGAAGUAAAAAGUGAAAAAAAUGAUGAAACAGUGAUAUACAGAAUUAUCGAAAAACCGAAGCUAAUGGAUGACUUGGACUUGCAGUCUUAUGCAAAAGAAUAUUCAGAAAGAAGCCAAGGCAAAGAAAACAUAAUUGAAGUCUUAGAAUUUAUAGUUGCUGAGCUAAGAAAUCCAUUCAAACAGCCAAAUAGAAAAUUCGAGCCACCUACCUAUGAGCAGCUUAUGUACUGGUGCUCAGGAGAAACAAAGCAAACUUUAUCAGAAGGCAGCAUUGUCCAAGUUACUGUCAUGGACGCUGAUGAAAACAAAGGACUUAUCAAUGCAAAACUUGAAAGCGGUAUCCUUGGAAUAAUUGACCGAAAAAACAUCAUUGACAAUGAAAACCCUAACGCCAUUGAUUUUUCUCAAUUUAAGCGAGGGAUGAAUCUGACUGCUUGUGUUCUCAAAAGCAGGGAAAAAAUAGACAUGAAAGAUAUGGAGGAAAUUGUGUUUAAGGUAGAAUUAAGCUUAAGAGAAGGAGAUUUCCAAAGAUAUAGAGAAGGAAUUAAAAGGAAUUUAGAUGAAGCUUUUGUUAUAAAGAAAGAAGAAUGGAAUGAAAGAGCUGAGCUAAAUGAAGAUCAGUAUAGAAAAGGACAAAAAUAUGUCCCAAGGGUGGUGAAUCAUCCGAAAUUCAAAAAUAUUGGGUAUAAGACUGCUUGUGAAAUUUUGCAACAUAUAGGGGAUUAUGUUUUCAGGCCAAGUAGCAGAGGGUUAGAUCAUUUGACGUGCACGUGGAAGUUUUAUGAUAUGGUGUUUGCACAUUUGGAUAUUGUAGAAGAAGGAAAACCGGCAACUAAUAUGCUUGGGACAAGAUUCAAAAUUGGGGAUGAAGUGUAUGAAUCUUUACAAGAAAUAAUUGACAGAUAUGUGGUCCCUUGUGAUAAGCUUACCAAAGAAGCAAUUAGUCAUAACAAAUUCAGAGACUCUCUAAGUGAUGGAAUAAUUAAUAUGGUGGUGGCAGUUUAAUAUGUCCAUAACGCCUAUGCUCACCUUUGUUUCUGAGUGGCACCUCUCCUCAAGGUGGUCAGCAGGAGUAUCAAGCUAAAAUUUACCUCCAUAGUACCUGAUGGUUCACUAAUGGAGGAGUCUCCCUAGCCUGUCGAGACUCUUAAAGUGACAGUGCAAACUCUUCUUGAGAGAAAACCAUUGUUCCAAAUAGCAGCUGAAUUUCAGGCCAGCAAGCAGGUUGGUGAGAAAUGCUGAGUCAUCAAAUCCGAAAGCUUAAAACUCUUAAUUUAUUUAAGUGCUGGAAUCAAAUUCUUAGAAACACAGCUACGUAACGAAAAACGGUCAAGUCCUACUGCAAUUCCUUACUGUUUUACCAUCUCCCCAAGUUAUCCACAAUUCUUGAUCCUUAUUUACAUCCCUAAAGAUAAAAUUAUAGGUUUAUUAUCUUAUCUCAUAUUUUCCACAAUUUUCACCAUUUUAUAAGCAAAAUAUGUGUAAACCUCCUCAUCCAAAAUCAUCACUGAGUACAUCAAAGUGAAGCCAAAAGGCUUGUUUUUCCAUGACUCCUACCACCCCAGUAUCACUUUUCUCAUUUCUUGGUUUAAGCGGCAUUACCAAUCUUCCAGCUAUCAAAGCCAAUUAAAACGUUCUAAACCUCCAGAAAUCGACAGUAGAAACCACUUAGCAGUUCCUGGUAAAGCUGAGCGCCCAAUGACUCCAAUUCACCGUAUGGAUAAUGACUAUAUGCCAAGCACUCCUAAAAGAACUCCAGAAUAUGAAAAAAGUGACUGGAAAUCCCAACCAGAAAUUAUCAAAGAUGAGCCUGAUAGAAGAGAAAAAAGAUUUGAAAGAGGCAGGGACAGAGGUGGAAGAAGAGGGAAAGGCGAAAGGAGAGAACAGAGAACUUGCCAUAAAUGUGGAGGAGAAGGACAUAUUGCGAGAGAUUGUCCCAAAACAAGUGGGGAAAAGUGCUUUAACUGUGGAGGCGAAGGGCAUUUUGCAAGAGAUUGCCCAGAACAGAAGAUGAAAAGGGAUGAAGAAACUGCAGGAGGACACCCAGAAUGGGAAGAUCAAUGGGGAGCAGAGGAAACUGCAAUGGAUAUAGAAAAGCCGAGGAAAGUACAAGAAGAAACUGAUCCAUGGGGGUAA